AUGGCGCCGAGCCGAAGAAAGGGCGUCAACAGGGCGGCGGCGGUGGCCGCCGCAAGGCAGAAGUGGAAGGUCGGGGAUCUUGUGCUUGCCAAAGUCAAGGGAUUUCCGGCGUGGCCUGCAACUGUGAGCGAGCCAGGAAAGUGGGGUUACCCGGCUGAUCAGAAGAAAAUAGUGGUCCAAUUUUUUGGGGGCGAACAAAUUGCUUUCUGUAAUCCAGUAGAUAUAGAAGAAUUUACAGAAGAGAAGAAAGUUUCCUUGUUGGGAAAACGACAUGGGAAAGGUGCAGAUUUUGUUCGCGCAGUAAAUGAGAUAAUCGAACAUUUUGAGAAUUUGAAGAAACAGGAACAAGUUAGUGGGGCUAAUGGUACUGAGGAGACUGAUAUCAUAAAUGAGAACUCGCAAGAAUCUGUAGUUGCAUCUAGGAAGGAUGAGGCUCCUUUAGUUAAGGUUGAUCCUCUUUCUGCUGGGACCACUAAUGAUCUGGAUUCUCUAACUGAAGCUGCUGUAGCUGCUGCCACGGAUGAUGCUUUUGAGAAUGAAGACAUGCAAAACUUGGUUUUUACGGAUAUUCCAGUGUCAACUCCUUAUUUAACAAGACACAGAACGGAUGUUUCCCGGUCACAAAACAGUGGCUCAACAAAGAAGAAACCUGCCAGAAGGUUAAGAAGUUCUUCAAGGAUAGAUAGCAGGCUCCGGAGUACAAGUUUGCCUUCUGUUAAUAAGAACAGGAACUCGAGGCGCUUCUGUGUUAGUGCAUCAGAAGAUAGAUCUGUAAAAAGAAGUAGAAAAAUUGUCAAGUCGUCUGAUGAGUCUGAUGGACAGAAUGUCGACUCACUUGCUUUUGUAGUGAAUGAUUGCAUUGAAGAGAAUAAUUCUGGACUGAUGAGUCUGAACUCAGAUACACUUAGUAUCGAUGAUGGCAGCACUGUCGACUCAGUUAGCAAACCAUUAGGAGUGCGGGAGCCCGCUGCUGAAAAUAAUGAAGGUGAAACAGAGUUAAGUGAUAGGCUUGACUUUCAAAGUAACAAUGUGGUUAAGAAGAAGAGGAAGCCUAAUCGGAAAAGACACAACACUCAUACAGUUGACACAGCUACCCUCAAUAGAGUGGCUUCAGAUGCUGAAGAGCUCAAAAUUGGACUUUCUUCACCCAGUUUUGGGGAGAAGCCGGCCCAAAAACAGGCUAAGGAUGAUGGCGAUGAACAUUUGCCAUUAGUCAAAAGAGCCAGAGUUCGAAUGGGCAUACCAUCACCGUCAGCUGAGAAAGAAUUCCCUUCAGUGAAUAAAGAGGAACAUAUGCCUGAAGCUCCUGAAAGACAUUGUGUGCAAUCAUCCGAGUCCUUGAGUUGCAAGGUGAAUGGUCAUGCCAAGGUGAAAGACCAUGCUAACAAGGAAUCUGUUCCUGUUAAGGAGGAACCAUCUCUUUCAUCUGUAUCCCAUGUAAGUCCUGCUAGUAGGCCGAGCUUUUGGGAAACAAGAAAGGAUUUUCUGGAUGGGGAAGCGGCUUUACCUCCGUCUAAACGUCUUCAUCGUGCCUUGGAGGCCAUGUCUGCCAAUGUGGCUGAAGGUUGUCAAAGAAAUUUGAAUUAUUCAGUAGCAGCAGAUAUUCAGAGCAAUGGGUACUGUGAUACCUUGGAAUGCUAUGAGAUGGCUGAGGUAAAGAAAGAUAUGAUUGAAUUAGGAUCUGGAGGUAUGGAUGAUACAAGGAAUUGUGAUUCUCUGUUGAGUGCUCCCGAGUCAUGCAUUGCGUCGGAUGUAGGAGGGUCAGGAAUUGGUGCAGAAAUUACUGAGGUUGUAUCGGACUGUGGUAAAGCUAAUAUUACUGAGAGCCAGAAUCCUAUAUUUUGCCUAGGUGCAUCUGGACAAGUGGAAGGUGGUGAUGAUAUCAAAGUUCCAAAAAAAAUUCCGUUUGUUGAGGCCCCUGCAGAGAUUAACCCUGUUGUUGAGGAUCAUCUGAAAAUGGAAACAGAAAAUGCCGGUGAGCAGGCUAAUUUAAAUUGCAAUGCCCCAAGUGCGGUGAUGUCCCCAACUGACCACUGGACGACCAGAUGCACAGAAUUGAAAGAAGCUGUUAAGGGAUCUGAUGCCGAUAUUGUGCAGAUACAGACAGAUUCAACCUCCAUGCAAGAUAUUGCUGUUAGUUUACCUAGUAUUGACACCUGUAAUCGUCCAGAUGACGAAGGUGGUGAGGCACAGAAGACAGAGGACCUUGCAUCAGUUGAGCAUAAUCCAGACAGUAAGAUGUCUGAACGUGUGGAAGAAGCUAGACCAUCAUUGAAUUCGAAUGUUGUGCACCCCGUUACUCCUGUGAAGGUUUUGAAUAGUGGGCAUGGUCAAUCUUUAGUUCAUUCAACUUCCGUUUCCUAUGAACAUAUUGAGGAUAGAACUGUUUCAGCGACUCAGUCAUCUUCAUCUCCGACUGAUGGGCCAGAAUCUGUUGCAACAACAUCUCCACCUAGUUUCCCCGUCUGCAACACAUCUGCUUUAGAUAAUAAGAGAUCUCUUGUAAAUAAUAGCUCCUCCUAUCCUGAUGUUCAUUUACAUCUAGAAAAAGCUAAACUUGCUGGAAAGUCCAUCAGCAAAAGUGAAGUUCUGUCGUCCUUUGAGACCAUCAUCAAAUCUUUGACCCGAACAAAAGAGAGCAUAGGCCGAGCUACGCGUAUUGCAAUUGACUGUGCCAAAUUUGGCUUUGCAACUAAGGUGGUGGAAAUACUGGCGCAUAAUUUGGAAAGUGAGACAAGUUUGCCCAGAAAAGUUGACUUAUUUUUCCUUGUUGAUUCUAUCACUCAAUGCUCUCGAGGCAUUAAAGGGGAUGGUGGCGUAUAUCCAUCAGCUAUCCAGGCACUCUUGCCCCGUCUAUUGUUAGCUGCUGCCCCUCCUGGGAGUAGUUCCCAUGAGAAUCAUAGGCAGUGUUUGAAAGUUUUGAAAGUAUGGCAGGAGAGAAAGAUUCUUCCAGAACCGAUAAUCCGCCACCACAUCCGGGAGCUUGAUGCUCUUUGCGGCUCAUUUCCUACUAUUGGCUCUAACCGAACCUUGAGAAAUGAAAGAGCUUUUGAUGAUCCUGUCAGAGAUAUGGACGGAAUGUUGGUGGAUGAGUAUGGAAGCAACUCGAGCAUUCAGCUUCCUGGUUUCUGCAUGCCUCGUAUGGUGGGGGUUGAUUGUGCCGGAAAUGAUUCUGACGAUGAGAGCUUUGAGGCCGUCACACCAGAGCACAAUGUUGAUAAUCACGAGGUAGAAAAGAAUUUAAUUCCUACAGCCGAAAAGCAUCGGCAUAUAUUGGAAGAUGUCGAUGGCGAGCUUGAAAUGGAGGAUGUGGCUCCCUGCUGUGAAGAUGAAAUUGUUUCGACCAGUAGUUUUGGUGGACUUGAUCAAGCACAAAUGUCCCAUCACCAACCUAAGAAUGUACCUUUGGCAUCUGUCCCCUUGUCGAGGUCUUCUUUGCCCCCGCCGCCGCCACCUCAUCCACUUCCGCCUUCUGCUUUUCCUCCUGUGUUGCCUAAUUCUGUUACAAACGGCCCUGACUCGAAGCCUUAUUCAAGUUCUCAGAAGUAUAACGGCAAUUUGCGAGAUCCCAUGAAUGUGGAUGCUGUUCAUCACCGUGUUCGUGGAAACAAGGAUUAUGAAGCCGAGGUUCCUAGACACAUGCCAGAUAAUGGUUGUUUUAGCGAUCGACCAACAUCUCGAUUUUCUGGUAGAGCUUCUGGCAGCGACCAGCCCAAUGAUGGAUUUGGCAAGAGUUUCUAUUUACGCCCUCCUCACCCUGCCCCUUCAAAUCAGUUCUCGUAUGUCCAAGAACAACAGCGGGGGCAAUCACGGAGGGAUGCCCCACCGCCUUCCCGGCAGAACAGAUUCCAUUCGCGUAAUACGGAUAAUGGAAACUUCUAUAGGGAUCGUGACAGAAAUAAGUUUGUCCAGCGUGAUAAUAUCGGGGAGGGAUGGAGGCCUCCAUAUCCAUCCACCAUCUCGGGUCCAUGCUAUCCUGAUGGCUCAAGGAUGGCUAAUGCGCCCACGUCGUAUGACCCACCUAGAGAGCCACCAGGACCACACCAUAGGUGGAAUUACCCUUCACGGCCCAUGAACCACAGACAUUACAAUCCUUACAGGCCACCUUCUGAAGGUCCUAUACCUGUGGCAAACAGAGGCCCUAACUAUUGGAGGCCAAGAUGA